AUGUCCCCCUCCUCCAGGCGUGUAGCAGUGAGACAGGACACAUGCAGUAUCGUAGCCAUCUCUCUCAACAUCAUGCAGAAGGUUCAUCCUGUCAUCUGGUCCCUCGGCAACCUGCCCUUUGACUGCACACAGGUCAUGGCUGUUCCCAAGCCCAUCGGUGGUGUGGUGGUGUUUGCUGUCAACUCCCUGUUAUACCUCAACCAGAGUGUUCCUCCAUAUGGCGUGUCACUCAACACACAGACCACAGGGACCACCGCCUUCCCCCUGCGUAUACAGGAGGAGGUGAAAAUCACUCUAGAUUGUUCCCAGUCCUCCUUCAUUGGCUCUGACAAGAUGGUCAUCUCUCUGAAAGGAGGAGAGAUCUAUGUGUUGACCCUGAUCACUGAUGGCAUGAGGAGCUCUUGCUAA